AUGUUCACGAAGGUUUUACAACUAAGCAGUGCAGUACCUGCAAUUCCACAUGCAAAGUCUCGAAAAGAGCACACCGAGUCUGGAGACUCAAAUUCUUCUCUUGCAAAAGAGUUUGGCGUGUCUCACUCUACAAUCUCAACUAUUUUUAAGCAAAAGAAGAAAAUUGAAUCGUCAUUUAAUGAAAAUGUUUUGAAACCGAAACGUUUAAGACCGUGUGAUCAAAAAGAAGUUGAUGAAGCUUUAUUAAAAUGGUUCAAAGUGCAACGAAAUCGAGGGAUUCCAGUUAGUGGACCUAUAUUAGAAGUAAAGGCGAAUUUCUUUGCUUCGGAAUUUAAUAUUGUAGACUUUAAUUGCACACCGAGUUGGGUUAAUAGAUUCAAAAUGAGACACAAUAUUGUUGCUGGUCAAAUAAGUGGAGAAUCAAUGUCAGUCGAUAAAAAUAUUGUAAGUGAUUGGCAGGAAAAAGUGUGGCCUAAUUUACGUGCACAAUAUACUGAUGAGCAAAUUUUCAACGCAGAUGAGACUGGGUUGUUUUAUAAAUUAACACCAAGUAAAACUUUGAAAUUUAAAGGAGAAACAUGUGCGGGCGGCAAGUUAUCGAAAGAUAGGAUAACUGUUAUGGUUGCAACCAACAUGAGUGGUUCAAUUAAAAAAAAACUGUUAAUUAUAGGAUUUACUAGAGUGGAUGAAAAUUAUCCCAGUACAUCAACGGAUUUAACUAACAAUGACGAAGUUUCUUUAUCGACUUGGAUGAAAGUUAUGCUACCCAACAAUACUGAGGGCAGUAUGGAUCAUCAGCUAUCUUUAACAAGCAAAAUAAUUGAACAAUAUGUAGAUGUCGAUUGCGAUGUUAUCACAUGUGAAGAUUUAUCUGAUAAGUUAAUUGUCCAGGACAUACAGAACACAAAAUACCAGAGUGACGACAAUGAAGACGACGACUCAGAAAUUCAUGACGACGAACUUAGUCGGAUUCCAAACGCAUCAGAAACCUUAAAGGCUGCUGAUGUACUGAAUUCAUUUGUACAUUUUAAUUUUAGUGAUGAAAAUAUUAAAAAUGCUAUGUCUCGUAUUCAUAAUGUGAUACGCAAUAAUUACUAUGAGACAAAAGUGAAAGAGAAACAAACUAAAAUUACAGAUUUCUUUCGCUCAUAG